UGUAGAUAUCAGCUGAUGGCAACAUUUUAAUGUUAAUUAACACUGGAUAAAUAAUGUUUAUUUAUUUGUUUACAUAUUUGUAUAUUAAAAAAUAAAUGGAAGCCCUUGCAAAAUAUCGCUAUAGCUUGGUGGCAGGGUCCUUUGCCGCUGGGGGAAGCUUUUUUGGAAAACUUCCUAGCCACCUCAGCGCCCAGAAAUUGCUGAAUACUUCUGGAAUAAUUUCCGACUCCUCUUAUUUCGAAAUUGCAAUUCUGCAGGUCCUACCUCUGGCUCUCAUGAUAAUCUGCAAUGUUAGCAACUUGCGUUGUUUUUUGAAGGCUCUUCAAAUGACCGAUCAAACUUUAACCUGCGUUGUUGUAACGGCAGGCUCCAAUUAUGUCUUAUCAUUUAUUCUGGGAGCACUUGUUUACCAGGAGCCACUUUCGUCAUUAUCUGGAAUUGGUAUUGCACUAAUUCUAACUGGUCUUUGGUUUCUCUGCGAUACAGGAGCAGUGGAGUCCAAGAAAAUAGAACCAGAAAAGGAAAAAUAGUAGAAAAUAUGUUUUAAAAGAUCUUAUCUAAACUAAAGAUUUUUGUAUUAUAUUUUAAUAAUGGGUGAGAAUGUCUUUGAAUUUUAUUUGCUCCCUUUUCAUCAGGAUUUAAAAAUGAGCUUUCCAUACUGGAACAAAUUAUUUUGAUUGACAUUUUUUAAAUUUGUUAUCAAUCUUGGGUUAAAAACAAUAUAUCUACUAGAACCUUGAACCAUUUUGAAUAAAAGUAUUUAAAGAAAACAAG